AUGUCUUCGUGCGAGAGUACAGAUCCAAGCUCGAACUGGCUGGCAAAGCCAUCUGGGCCAUGCUGCCUAGAAGGCACCUUACAUAAUGGUACCCCUGAGGGAAAAUUUGUCACAGUAGCAGGAGUAGAGACAUAUAUCAAACAGCCCUCAGAAGCCCUAGCGAACGGUCACAUCCUACUCUACUUUCCAGAUGUCUGGGGCAUGUUCAAAAACGGACUGUUGGUGAUGGAUACGUUUGCUAAGGCCGGGUAUCUGGUAUUGGGUAUUGACUAUUUUCGAGGAGUGAUUCCUACCUUGCAGGACCCGGUGUGGAAACAUAGACGAGAUCGCCACGAUCAGUCCAACCCGGACUUCGACUAUGAAGCAUGGAAAAGGAAACAUAUGGACUUCGCAAACGCCGUUGUUCCCCAAUGGAUCAAGGAGGCGAAGAGCUUAUAUGGGCAGCCGAACACAAAAUAUGCAUGCGUUGGGUAUGUUUUGCAAGUCCUCUAUCUACGCAACACGUCUGAUCGGAAUCAAAAACCAUAG